GGUACAGCCCAGUAAUUGUCCCGAAAUACACGUGUACAUUCAUAACGCAUGCGCACAUUUUCUGUAACCCCAAAAGCACGUGGUGAAUUUCAUAUCUCUUGUGGAACUCUUCAGUCCAAUCUCCUUCCACUAGCUACUUUAGUUCUUUAAACCCAAAGAGGGCAAUCCGUGACUCAUAAUUAGGAUGGUCAGGGAAGACAAACAAACGUGGAAGUCCAACUAUGUUGUAAAGCUUUUGGGUCUAUUUAACGAGUAUUCGAGGGUACUCCUAGUCAAUGUGGACAAUGUGGGCUCCAAACAGAUGCAGCAGAUUCGUAUUUCUCUCCGUGGGAAAGCUAUUAUUCUCAUGGGCAAGAAUACCACCAUCAGGAAGGCAAUGCGAGGGAGUCUAGACCAGAACCCCCAGCUGGAGAAGCUUUUGCCAUACAUUAAGGGCAAUGUCGGUUUUGUUUUCACCAACGAUGACCUACAAGAUAUCAGAGAAAUUAUCCUUUCUAACCAAGUGGGUGCUCCAGCCAAGGCAGGUGCCCUUGCUCCUAUAGACGUGUUCAUUCCUGCCAGCAACACAGGUCUUGGUCCAGAGAAAACAUCUUUCUUCCAGGCUCUCUCCAUUGCUACCAAGAUCUCCAGGGGCACGAUUGAGAUUAUGAGCGAGGUGCAUCUGGUUAAGUUUGAGGAGAAGGUGGGAGCUUCGGAGGCAGCUCUGCUUCAGAUGUUGAAAAUCUUCCCAUUCAGUUAUGGCCUCAAGAUUGUUCAAGUGUUCGAGGGUGGCUCGGUGUUCCCUCCCAGUAUUUUAGACAUCAAAGAGGAGGAUCUCAUUCAGCUGUUUUUUGUGGGUGUUUCCAGGGUGGCAGCUGUUUCCCUCCAGAUUGGCUACCCCACUGUGGCCUCUGUUCCCCACUCUAUUGUCAAUGGCUUUAAGAAUCUCUUGGCUAUUGCUGUUGCUACUGACAUUACCUUCAAAGAGGCUGAACAGGCUAAAGCAUUUGUGGCCGAUCCGAGUGCUUUUGCUGCCUUAGCACCAGUUGCUGCUGUGGCCGAAGAGAAGGGAGUAGACAAGGCAGCUGCUAAGGAGCCUGAGCCAGAGUCUGACGCAUCUGACGAUGACAUGGGAUUUGGACUAUUUGAUUAGUUUUAACACACUAACUGAUUUUGUGGUGAUAUUUUGCCAAGUGACUUACAAGUUUGGUUUAAAGUUA